GACCUGGUCAUCGCGCCAUGUAUACGGUAACGCCAUAAAGCGCACACGCCCGUGAUUUUACGUGUGGUGGAGCGGCGGCGGCGGCGGCGGCGGACAGGCAGCGUGGUGCCGGACUUUUUGUCGAGCAGGCCACGCCUCUGCCGCGCUGCAGCUCGCCGUGCGCCGACAGCGGCUGGCCGAGCUCAUUUGAGUCGGGACGCCCGAGCGACUGGGAGGAAGACGCGAAGGCGGACGCUGGUGCCUCUCUCGCGCAUGCAGCUUUGAAGAAGACGCCCCCCCCUCCCUGCACCUGUCUUUCCUCGUCUUCUCGCCGGAGUUGAGUCUCGUGCGAGGCAGCGGACGUCGCUUCUCAUUGUUAGAUAGACGCAGUUUCGAGCUGUUUUCCCAUGACUUCGGCGUACAACCUGGAUUUCCACCCUCUCACCGAAAGUCGGUUACUGACUUCGAGCGACACAAUCAACGGCAGCAAAAUGAACGGGUCUUUGGAGCACUUAGAUCAACCAGACCCAGACUCCAUCAAGAUGUUUGUGGGGCAGAUUCCACGCUCCUGGUCAGAAACAGAAUUGAAAGAGCUUUUCGAGCCAUUUGGAGCCGUUCACCAGAUAAACAUCCUCCGUGAUCGCACCCAGAAUCCCCCUCAGAGCAAAGGAUGCUGUUUUGUAACUUUUUAUACGAGAAAAGCUGCACUGGAGGCCCAAAAUGCACUGCACAACAUAAAGACCUUAAGUGGGAUGCAUCACCCUAUCCAGAUGAAACCUGCUGACAGUGAGAAAACAAGUGCAGUAGAAGACAGAAAGCUCUUCAUUGGCAUGGUUUCAAAGAAAUACGGCGAGAACGAGGUCAGAAUGAUGUUCUCAUCCUUUGGGCAGAUCGAAGAGUGCCGAAUUCUCCGGGGACCGGAUGGUCAGAGCAGAGGCUGUGCGUUUGUCACAUUUGCUACCAGGGCAAUGGCACAGAAUGCAAUCAAAACCAUGCAUCACUCUCAGACUAUGGAGGGCUGUUCUUCACCUUUGGUGGUGAAGUUUGCUGAUACACAGAGGGAUAAGGAACAGCGACGCCUGCAGCAGCAGCUAGUACAGCAGAUUCAGCAGCUCAACAGCACCUCUAUCUGGGGAAACCUGGCUGGCCUCGGGACCCUCACACCGCAGUACCUGGCCUUGCUCCAACAGGCUACAUCUACCAGUAACCAAGGAAGUUUCAAUAGUAUUCAGAGGCUAGGAGCAGGUGUAAACCCACUUCAGCUCCAGAACUUGGCCACGUUAGCAGCUGCUGCGGCUGCAGCACAGAGUUCUGGCAGCCCAACUUCCACAAACGCGCUGUCUACUAGCAGUGGAGCCCUGGGAGCUCUGGCCAGUCCAGCCGGUUCAACAGCAGGGUCCAGUGCAGGUGCCGCCAUGAACACCUUGGCAUCUCUGGGCACUCUUCAGGGUCUUGCUGGGACCUCUGUGGGCCUCAACAACCUUAACGCUCUUACCAGCAGCGUCAGCGGUAUAGGGGCCAUGAAUGGAGGUCUGGGAGCCUCCAUGGCCAAUGGGUCAGCAGCCAGCUCUAUGGAUGCCCUGACUCAGGCUUACUCAGGGAUGCAGCAGUACACAGCCUCCGCCCUGCCCUCCCUCUACAGCCAGUCUCUCCUGCAACAAAGCAUUGCUGGCAGCCAGAAGGAAGUAGGGCCAGAGGGUGCCAACCUGUUCAUCUAUCACCUGCCCCAGGAGUUUGGGGACCAGGAUCUUCUGCAGAUGUUCAUGCCUUUUGGAAAUGUGGUAUCUGCCAAAGUCUUUAUUGACAAACAGACCAAUCUGAGCAAGUGCUUUGGGUUUGUCAGCUAUGACAAUCCGGUGUCCGCGCAAGCUGCCAUCCAGGCCAUGAACGGUUUCCAGAUCGGAAUGAAGAGGCUGAAGGUUCAGCUGAAGCGUUCCAAGAAUGACAGCAAACCCUACUGAUCCUAGCCCCGGGGCCUCCCCCCUCCCUAAUGCUAGCACUGCUAGGAACUCUCCAUGCCUGUUUGCUCAUCAUUAGCCUAGCAUGUCUUCAUGAUGUUGACAGCCAAGCCAAACUCCUGGCCUCAUCAUCCCACCAUUGUCUGUGAUGUCUCUCUAAGCUCGCCUGACCAAUACCUGGCCACCCACUGACCCUUGACCUUAGCUUAACCUGAUUUUUCUGCAUGUAUAUUCAUUUGUUUGUUUUUCCUAUAUAGAAAUGUGACAGGUGGGAGAGAGGUCAAGCAAAUCAAUGUGAAAUUUACCUUUUUGUUUAAUUCAUUUAAGAGACCUUUUUUCUGUUUUUGCAAAUGUUUUAAAAACCUGUGGGAUUUCUUCUUUUUAAUUUAGCUUUGUUUUUUUAUGUUGCUUUCUUUUUACCUCUCUCAGUAAAGUUCACUUGAAAGUUGAAUACAGGGAUUGGCACACAGCUGUGCUAUUUGGUGCCAUUAGCAAUAUGUUGGCUUCUUUAAAAAAAAAAUCACGCUUAAGACCACUUUUCAACACUUUUGACAGUCUGACCAGUAAAAACGCCUCCCAGCACUCUGUAAUGGUCUAUAUGUUACUGGCAGUGUAAAGAUUUACACAAAGGCUAUUUCAAUUUUCUUUUCAUUUUACAAAAUGAUCCAGUGUGUUUACCUUUAUUUUGAACUAUUAAUGGCACAAUAAAGGUACAUUUGCUCUGUUUAGAGAAAUGUCUACCGACAUGAGUCAACUUUUUUAGAACUGAUUCACAAAUAGACAAUCUGUGGUUUAAAUGCACACUUAGAUUACCUAUAUUUUAUACCAUUGAAUCUAUAGAAGUUUAACUAACAAAACCCAGGCAAAACGUUGGGGUUUUUUGUAGAUUAAGUUGUAAUGUCAUCUGUGUCAGGAGUCUUCAAUGUUUUACAUUUUAAAGAGGACUAAAAUCAGUUUGAUUAGCUUGGCCGUUCGAGGGUCAUAAACACUUUGAGUCAGAAAUUCAUCUGUAUUAAUUGUAAUUUCAACUUCAAGGAUAAAUUUUUGAGUAUUUAGGUCAUUUUUUUUCCACUUGAUAAAUCUAUUGUUUAACUUCCACGGUACAUCUUGUUGACUUUCUGUGAAUUCCUCAUUACUAACUUAAUUAAUGGACUUUAUUUUGAAUGCCUCAUGUUGAUAGGUGAUGACUUAAGUCUUUUAAUCAUACAGAUGCCAGACAAUGUUCUGUUUUGUUUUAUAUUGGUGUUGACGUGCCCAUGUGUCAAACUCUUUCCUGUAAUAGUAUCUAAUUUUCUUUACACAAGCAGACACCACACGACACAAAACACUUUGUGAUUGCAAACUUGGGAGCCCCUGAAGAAGAGCUCACACGGACACGACACACAACCUGUGGGUCUCUGCACGUUUUCUAAACACACACGUUGCUUUUUAGUUUUCGCUGAUUGCUCUCUUUAAGUGACUUUCAGUUACACGUUUGAGUCGUACACAAUGCACAGCACAUUAGUACAACUAAGUCCACCACAGUGUGGGUUGACAAAUACAUUCCAUGUUUUCAGCACGAAGUUUACACUCUUUUCUUUUUCAACCAGGGUGGUAUUAUGUCUGAGAUCCAAGUUUUCAGUACACCCCUGGCAAAAUAACUAUUUUACCCCCAAAGAAGAGUUUGAGAAAACUGCGUACCUGGUGGCGCUAAAAAGUUGUCAACUCAGGGUUGUUUUGUUCGUUUGUUUGUGUUUUUUGUUGUGUGUGUGUGAAACAAGACGCUCACACAGGGUUAUGCCACAAAAUGCACAAUUGUCACCAUUUGACCUGUUGGAUUUCUUUCUUCUUCAAAAUAGAAAUAUUCCAAGGAAAAAGGUACCAAAUUUGAACCAGUGCUUGUGGGAAGUGUUGUAGUUUUGUAAGGAAACAUUAAGCACAAUUGUGGGAGCUAAAUGCUGUUUGCAGAAUGUUGUGUGUGUGACUCUAACCCCAAAAGUUUCAAGGUACCACUGAUUUCACUUUUUAAAAUGGGCAUGUGCUUUUUACGGUGUGUGUUUUCUAUCCAAAUGCAAUACAAUAUUCAAAGUGCCAUAUUAUACGUCUAGAAACUGCCUACACAUCCUUAUUAGGCCUUGGUUUAGAGAUUUCUGCAGUUUGCCUUUUUUGUCUAUUUAUGCCAGUGUCAUGAAAGCUCUUGUCACCUGCUCAUGACCCCUUUCCCCUUCUACUCCCCCACCCUGUGUUCAGUUAUUGGUAAAUGUAUUGUGAUGUACUCAAUUUGAACCAUUGGUUUAAAAUGUAGAUAAACAAUAAACUUCCCUAUACAUUUGAAGGUUAAACCUCUUUCUUAGUGUGAACACGUACUGUAACACUUUCCGAUACAAACAAUUGGUGAUCUGAUGUGUUUGAGGUUAAAGUUGAAGUCCGGCUGAAGGCGAAAGUGAACUUGGUUACCACGUUAACAUCCGAGUGGUUUUAAAAUCGCGUGUAACUGAAACGAUUGCAGGUCAUGACUGUGGUGUAUAGUGAAGUGUUUCUGUGAGUUAAAAGAAAAGCACAAUGUAUAGUCACAGCAGUCCCAACAGGAACUUGACUCACUUCAGGGGCUUCCAUCACUAAUCCUGUUCGAGCUCUAACAAUCACUUUUCUCUGUUUUCAUAUUCUGAAGUGCUAUAUUUUGACAGUGUGGUAGCUUUGCAUCUCUAUAGAUAUUGUCUCGGUCUAAAAGAAAAGAGGAAAAAGGAAAAAAAAGUUAUUUUCUUGUCUGAUAAUCGGUAGGACUCUGUUCAUGUUCCACCAAUAAUUUAAUAGAUGUUUUGUCUUGUCUUUUUGAAAGCCAAAGUGGGUUGUGAUCUGUAUUAUACAGUUUUGUUUUGUUUUUUUCUUUUGAGUCUAAUUUUUUUGAAAUUGGGUGGGAUUUGAAAAAGGAAAAAAAAAAAGACAUACACAGGCUUUCCAAUUUCUACAACUGGUUGUUCAUAUGUAUUUUGUACCAGUGACGCUUUUUAUAUUGGAAAUUAAAGAGAAAAAAAAAAUCUAUAUUGGAAAAAAAAAAAUGUCUGGCCUCUCAAUGUGGCCUCGCCUUGAUCAGGUCUUGAGUAUGGCCUCUUGGUGGUGUUGAGCAGUUUUGUUUUUGAUUUUUGUCUCUAAAAUAUGCCUGACUUUCAUUUAACUUGGAUCUCUCCAUGUUGCUCACUUCGUUAAUCGGUUUCGGGGGGGUUGGGAUCCUCUAAAUCGUGGUAAGUUUCAUGUUAGUAUUUGUGCUGUCCACAUAGUUUAAUGGUCAUCUGGAUUUUGUGUGGAUAAUUGUCUUAGUUUAAGAGUUAAUUGAAUAGUUUGAGCCUUGCUUUUUACCUGUGUAGUUCUUUUUGUUUCUCUCCAUAGCGUGUGUAGCCAAAAGACUGUUUUUGUUUUUUCUUUUUGGUCAAUGUUUGUUCAUGUGUGGUGUGUUUCUUUGCCUCUGUCUCCAAAUUAAACCAUUUCCCCUAAUAUGAA